AUGUCUUGCAGAAAUUGCUGGAAUCUUUACAAGAGAACCACUUCCAAGAAGAUGAGCAGUUUCUGGGAGCUGUUAUGCCUCGACUUGGGCAGGAUAGCAUGUGCCAAUGUCCUCAGUGACCUCUAUGCAAUGGGUGUCACAGAAUGUGACAAUAUGCUGAUGCUCCUUGGAGUCAGUAAUAAAAUGACUGACCGGGAGAGGGAUAAAGUGAUACCGCUAAUUAUCCAGGGUUUUAAAGAUGCGGCAGAGGAAGCGGGAACCUCUGUCACUGGUGGCCAAACAGUAUUAAAUCCCUGGAUUGUUCUGGGAGGAGUCGCCACAACUGUCUGCCAGCCCAAUGAAUUUAUCAUGCCAGAUAAUGCAGUACCCGGGGAUGUGCUGGUGUUGACAAAACCCCUGGGGACACAGGUUGCAGUUGCUGUGCACCAGUGGCUGGAUAUUCCCGAAAAAUGGAAUAAAAUUAAGCUAGUGGUCACCCAAGAAGACGUAGAGCUGGCAUACCAAGAGGCAAUGAUGAACAUGGCCCGGCUCAACAGGACAGCUGCGGGCCUCAUGCACACGUUCAAUGCCCAUGCAGCCACUGACAUCACAGGCUUCGGGAUUCUAGGCCAUGCGCAGAACCUGGCCAAGCAACAGAGGAACGAGGUGUCGUUUGUCAUUCACAAUCUUCCCGUGCUUGCGAAGAUGGCCGCUGUGAGCAAAGCCUGCGGAAACAUGUUCGGUCUGAUGCAUGGGACCUGCCCGGAGACAUCAGGAGGCCUGCUAAUCUGUCUACCACGUGAACAAGCAGCUCGGUUCUGUGCAGAGAUAAAGUCCCCCAAAUAUGGCGAAGGCCACCAAGCAUGGAUUAUUGGGAUUGUAGAGAAGGGCAACCGCACAGCCAGAAUCAUCGAUAAACCUCGGAUUAUUGAAGUUGCACCUCAAGUAGCCACGCAAAACGUGAACCCCACACCUGGUGCCACCUCCUAAUCAAGACAGAAAUAGCUAUUUGAUUUUGUUUUUAAAUAGAUCUAUUUCCUUUAUCAUCACUUCAAUUAAAGACUCUAAGAACAACAAAUCUCAUUGUGUCUACACAUCUGGUGACCCUAGGUCGGUUUAUGAGUGGAUGCAGUCAAUAAAAUGAAAUCCAUGGCCUUCUUUUCCUGUUCCAUUAACUGAAGAUGCACCCAACCUCCAGGCAGCUUCUGAGUUGAGAAUGAUACUGUUAUCCAAUACUGUUGAUUCAUUUUGAAUCUUUAGCUGCGUAUCUUGCCGCAUAGGCGCUUUCUAAAGGUGCUUUUCUGCCACACGGGCAUUGCGGAGAGGAGUGCCUGCCACUAGCCUUCUGUGUCUUCUCAUUCCCACCUAUCAGAUCAGUCUGCUCUGUUUUCAAGUGUCUCGGUUGACAUUCUAGAAAGACAGGAUUGGUAAGUCACUUGAGGGUCCUCCCCGUAGUCAGAGGGUUGCAUGGCUCCUUUGAGUGUUUGAUUUGUAAGGUUGAGUCUAAUAACUCGGGGGCAUUUCCUUAUCCAGUAGCUCAUUCAGUUCAGUAUAGCAGGUGCUUUGCUUGGCAUGGAAAGCACUUGGAAUACAAAAAAGAAAUGUUCUUUUAAAAAACAAAGCUUUCCUGAGACUUGCAGUAAUACCAUUAAUGGUCUUUACCAAUAGGAAAAAGGAUACUUUUUGCAAUGUUCUAUAGUUGUUCUAUAGUGCGACCAGGAACUGCCUUCCGAUAGGGGGUUCAUGUAUAAUACGCAUUUAUAAUUCAAUAUCUAAUUUACUUCGCAAAUAAUUUUUAAAUAUAAUCAAUAAUAAAGACUGUUCUGUGGAUGGUAGUGUUUAAUACAUUUUAUAUUUUGUAUAGUGAUUCCAGGCCUCUUGUUUAAAUCAGCAGCUCUUUAGCCCGAUUCUUAGCAUCAUUUUGUCUUUGCGCCCAUACUUCUUUGUGCACGCCUUUUGUGAUUUGUGUUUAAAAACCUGCAUUGCCAACAUUGCAGCUCCAACAUAAAAGUUGUUAUUCAAAUAAAUAUUUAAUUUUUUUAAUUGCUCUUGUAUAAUCAGAUGCCCUUUUUUAGUAUUAUUUUAGAAGCAUUUGGGAGGGUUUUACCUAAAAUACAAUUUAUUGGGGAAAGCUAGAUUUUAGUUUUAUAAACUUUUAAGUCUUUCAUGGGACCUAUAUUUUCUUGAAUUAAAUUUUGUAGUUCUAGAACAAAUAGGCAAUCUACAAAGGUGUUACCUGUGUUUCUUAAAAACAGGCUUCCUUGUCUUCCUUAUCUGCUAAGCAGCUGGGGGAAUUCCCGUCUUUAAGCACAAGGGCACUGGGUCCUCAAACGCCUGUCUUCAAAAGAGAAAAAAGCACUACGUCUUCAGGUUUCACGGGGCUUCCUACUAACAGGCCCCACAGCUGAGCUCUGUAAACUCACCCAGCCUCGCUCCUCAACACAGAACACCAGGAAACCGCCACUGGACCAAUGCAACUCUGAGAGGAAGAGACUGCCGCAUGCGCGUGUGCCCCAGGAGCCACGGGGUCUCCUGGAUGCACCUGUCGCUGGAACUGAAGCCACCCACGAGUCUGGCUCCAACAGAAGAAACUGUCACAGAAGGACACUGAUUGGACACUAUAGGAAUCUAUAUGAUGUUGGUCCUUGAAAGUAUGCACCAGUGGUCUGCAAAAUAAAACGUGUUGGAACCCUCUGAGUGCAGAAGGCAUACUGUUGGACUUCUUUUUUUUCUUAAAUAGAUAAAAUUGGACCUAACUGUGUACAUUCUGUCCCCCAAAGCCAGUACAUUUCUUGGUGGCAAGCCUGUUGGGAGGAAAUUAGGUGGUUAAUGUCCUGAGCAAAUCAUUUCCUAUGAGGAGAAAAUGCCAGGGACUUAGAUCCAUGGAUUUGUUAUCUAGGAAAAGCCCUCGUCUUGACUAGUAUUUUCAGGGUGCUCAGAAACCCAUGCAUUAGAAUCAUAUGGGCAUGUGUGGAGGCAUGCCUGCCCUUUCCCCAGACCCACAGAGUCAGUAGUUCUGGCUGUGCAACCAGAUAAUCCAUCUCCAAAAUGUACCCUUUAGGGCUUUGCAUAAUAAACUUUGAGAAACAGUAAUCUCAAAAGGAAUGUUGGGGGGAGGUGUAAAAAGGGGCUGCCAGGGAUCUCUUUAGUCUUAGCCAUUCCUUUUAUUUCUUGUGGCUGUAUGUGUAUGCGUGUGUGUGAGAGAGGAGAGACUAUAAUUGUUUAGUAAGCUUGGCAGAGUCUACAUGGAACUCUUGAUUUAUCCAGCAGUCACUCUUAGCCGACUUCUGGGACCAGUCUAAAAUUCCACACUGGAGAGUGCUUCUAAAGAAGCUGGACCCUGCCAGGGUCAGGUCCUCUCAUAUAGCCAGAGUUCUGGCAAAGGAAUAUUAAAGUUUAGUAGGUUAUUUCCAUAGGCUGGGUUGAAGCAAUAACAUACUUGUUCUUUUUGGCUCAGUAUUUUGAAAUAUCUAAGUCUUCCAAAUUCUGCAUGAGUUGUAAUGGAAGUGUUUUGAUCGUUUGAUGCAUGAACGAGCCCCUUGCACCUGAGUUCAGCAUUGCCUUUAAAAUUGUUCUGUUUGGAGCUGGUAAGAUGGCUCAGUGGGUACAGUGGCUUGUCUCACAAGCCUGAGUUCUAUCUGUCUCCAGAACCUAUGUGCAAAGAAAAGUGACCUGCACGUACAUUGUGUGGUGUCUGUACUCAUGAGCCUAGCAAUAAAUACAUUAACAGUUGUCAGAGUCCUAGAUCUUCGUUUUAUUCUAUAGAAACAGAAAUAGCUAUGUGCCGUUUAUUUUUAUAGAUGCUUAGGACAGGCAGGUGUCUGAGAGACCCGAUGAUGUGCGUGCGCACAUACCCUGCCUGCUCAGUCUCACAUCUGACACGGUGCUCACACAACAUCCUCUGCUUCCCACACUCACGUAGCCUGCUCUCAUUAAGAAUCCACAUAAGGAUUGUAGUCAUGAACCACCAGAGACCACAGUGAAAAUCCAGAGUCCUUUUGAAUGAGAGAAGGAGAGGGUGGGUUAGACCACCCCUGUGUCAAGUAACUUAGGAAAAUUUCUAGGCAUCCAGACAUACAUGGUCAAGAGCCACUGGAAGCCAAACUUGCUGUACAAGAGAGUGAUUGUGCUUUGUCUGGUGAGUAUGAGGUACAUAUGUCUUGAUGCUUCUCUGUACAGUUUCCUAUGCUUGAUAGACCUCACAUAUCAACACUGUUGGUGUUGAUUGUCCUUGCUAGGUCAUGUCCUUUAAAGAAAAUUUAGUUCCCAGGAGAACAGCAUGUAACGAAGCCCACCAAAGUAUGGAGCUGGGCCUAAUGACACAGGGCUGUAAUCCCACAUACUCAGGAGACUGAAGCAAGAGGACCACACAUUCAAAGUCUGCCUGGGCUACCUAAUAAGGCCCUGCUUUGCUCUCCUCCAGCACAGAGGAUUAAAAAAAGUCCGAGAGUAUAGCUCAGUGGUGGAGUACUUGCCUAGCAUUCACAAGGCCCCGGGUUUAGUCCACAGUACCAGCAAAACCAAACUUGGUGAAAACAAGAUUAACGUCACUAGUUUACUGUAAUUGCAAUGUGAUUGUAGGACAAGGCUGAUGCAGCCUCCGUUAUUGUAUUUCAGGAAUAAAAACAUGUACUAUGUAGAAUGUAAUGAUUAUCACCCAAGCAUAUUUUGCACAGUUUUAAAGCAAAAUGAUAUAAAAUUGGAUGUCUAGGAUAUAUUCCUGGGCUUGGGUCCACUUUGAGAAAUAAAACUGUUGUGAUAGUUUGAACUUUCA